AUGAAAUCUCUAAACUUUCUGCCUCUGAACGCGAUCAAAUAUGUUGCACUUAGCGGCCUUUUUGAACAAGGCGACAAUGGCUCUGGACUCGGCAGUCAUGAUGCCCAAGGCAUAGAUGAUGUUGCAUGGGAGUUCGAGCAGGUUCUCCCUGCCGAAGCCCACUGCAUGAUGCACAAGGCCGGCGUCAGGGAGAAAGGGCCUCCCGUCCGUCCGCCUUCCACUUUACCGCCCCCUGGAUCCCUUCGCGUUUUGCUCCAAGUGAAAGAGUGCAUCGGGUAUGGUCGUCUAGGCACUGUAUACGCCGUCGAUGUCUCGCGGUUGGACAACAGGACUGGAGGAUAUCUUCCUCCGCUCGUCAUCAAGGUUUCAAAAGGGUCCUUAGAUUGCAGCAAACUCUCUAAAGAAGCUGGUUUAUACACCGAGAUGCAAUCCUUGCAGGGAACAGUAGUCCCGCGAUGCUAUGGUUUGUUCACUUCUCAGGUUCCGGAUGGUUGCGCUAUCAGGGACUUUCAGUUGGAGCAAACAGGGUCUUCAUCUGAACAAGAAGAACAUCAGCAACUCCACGAUGCUGAGGAUAACAAAGAUUGCAUUUCUAUUCUCCUCCUCGAGCGGUUAGGACGUGCUCUACAUCCAGACAACCAUGUUCCAAAUGAAGCGAAAAAGGACAUUUACGCCAUGUUCAACGAGGUAGCAAAAUUAGGCAUCCUCCAUGACGAUAUACGCGCCGACAAUAUUCUUGAAGCACCCUCACACCCCGAAGUAUCAUCAACCCCAUCGCCUCUCAGUGGACGCACUUAUGGUUGGCGGAUAAUUGACUGGGAAUUUGCAGACAAGACCAAUUGCCUCGAAGAGAGCAUUGACCGGAUCUCGAGGACAGCCUUGUCCGUCAUGUUCAAAUAUAAUGACUUCCCAGCGGAGGCUUCUCCGACCGCUGGACCCUACGUUGAUCAUGCAGACACAUAA